CCAGAUUUUUCCAUGGGAAAGGGUUCAUCGGCAUAUGCGAGUAUGGUUUGAAACUGGCUAGACUAGUGAGUGUUAUCACUCUAUUCAGGCUUUAUCAUGGCUGUUUUAACCCCCCCUUCAUUCAGACAAAAAGUCGCUCUGAAAUUGACCGCUUCAAAUCAAUGCUCGAAAAUGCGUCGAAGAGUCUUGAGUCUGACAGCCAAGAUGACGAUGUGCAAAAAGGCGCUGACCUCAAGGUCGUUCGGUUGUGUACCAUGGUGUCGGACUAUAGUUCAAUAUUGGAGAUUUUGCACUCCGAUCCUCAAGCCGACUUCAGCGCUCUUCGCUUGGGUGCCUUAACCGUCGAUGAAUGCACCCAGCUGAUUGCCGAGGGAGCGAUUGCCCCUGAGAGCACCCGAAAGAUCAACGCUGAGCUCAAUAAACUAAGGCAAAGGUGUACUCAACUCCUAGUCUCUCGUUUUGAGCAUUUAGAAGCCGAUGAUAAUGAAGUUGAAGCUUCUGUGGAUGGCUCAUCGCGACCAAGCACCCCUGUUGCGAGACGAACAAAGUCUCACGAUGCGUUGCAAGGCGCAUAUACCGUUGCUGCCUCCAAGUUACUUUCCGCCGUAUCGAUUCACUUGACAAAUUCUCAGGUGGCACCCGUUGCGGAGUAUGGUGUCUCAUGCGUUGACUCACUGAUAUGCCUUGCUCGUAUCAAUUUAGCACAACCAGGCAUUCACCCAAGAACCAUUCGAGAGUCCCUGGAUCGAGCUGCGUCAGUUGCCCGCAAAUUGGCAUCUGAACUAGAUGCCCAAUCGAGUGCACUGUUGAAGUCCACAUCUUCUGCCUUCUGGACUGUUGCGGUUACUUUAUUUAAUCGGGGUCAGCAUGCGACAGCUGUACCUUUCCUGACCCAAUCUUGUCACCUGGUACAAGAAUUGCAAGGGUUAAAGUUGCCAAACGCGGCAGAUCAAGGGCUACAGGCUAACCAACUUUCAAUAUCCAACGUCUUGCCUAAGCGUUGGGAGUUGCUUGGCUUCUGUCAGUCACGCACCGGAGAUCGUAGGCUUGCAUAUGAUGCGUUUCAACGCGGCAUUGUUUCUUCACGACAUUUUUUCCCCCAAGUUGCAGGAUUAUCUCACCGGAUUCUGCCCGCGAAUCUCUUUCUUUCGAGCCCUGGCAUGCGAUCCCUUGAGUCGCUCCUGGAGAGGUUGACGCUUUUCACGACCCACGAGCUGCUUGAUUGUUCUCCCGUCACACUGCUUGACAUUUUCUCUGACAUGGACAUUCCUACCACUGACGAGGAAAAGGAGGCAAUGCUUAUGGAAGUCCAAUUGUCAACGCUCCGCAGACAUCCUGGCUUUCGCUUAAAAGAAAGUCAAACAAUGCAAAAGAAGAUCAUGGACAGCUGCCUCGUCGUAUACAAUCUGGAAUAUCCGAUUCGCCGAAUACGGAUUCUCAUGAAAAUGUUAACAUUUUUUUUACCUCAAUAACGAUAUUGCUGCUGCCAUUGAAACCCGGAACGAACUUCAAAGGCUGCUGUGCCUAGAUGCUCACACAGUCAGUGCCCCGAACCUGGACUCCAUUCCAAAGCGAUAUGGAGACACUCGUGAUGCUCUCCUGACACCUUUAUUCCACAAUUCGCUACUGUGUCGCUGCUCUCAGCUCUUAUCACGCAUCGUUUGGGGGAUUCUGCCACACUUUUAUGUGAUAUCCGCUCCCAAGCUUCUUUGUCGGUGAUAAUUUUUCGCGAUUACGUGCUCCCUGCGCAAUCCGAAAUCGAACAUAGUGCCUCUGGUGCUCUUAAAGAAAUUCAGAACAGAUCACCCAGGAGAAAACAGCGCACCA